GUUGAGCAGCUGGCAUUACGUGUGGCCUCGUCGCUUGUCACAGAAGAGUCACAUCGCAGCUCAGUGGGGCCUCAUCUGGUCACAAUUGAGAAUCUCCAUCUGCAAUCAUGCAUCGUGGACUCAUCUUCGUUCAUGAGUACCAAGAGAAAGCGGUGCCGCUGAAGGCCAUAUCGGUGGAGGUGAGCGUGCAGGGCUUCGUGGCCUCCGUGCGUGCCACGCUCAGCUACCUCAACGCUGAGGCUUUUCCCGUGGAGGCCUCCUUUCUGUUCCCGCUGGACGACGACUCGGCGGUGCACGCGUUCAGCGCCAGCCUCAACGGGCGCCACAUCGACGCCGUCAUUAAGGAAAAGGAGAAGGCCAAGGAGGAGUACGACGAUGCGCUGAGCUCCGGCCACACGGCCUUCCUGCUCUCCGAGGACCGGGGCGACGUGUUCCAAUGCAUGCUGGGCAACCUGGGGGCGGGCGAGGGGGCGGAGCUGCGGGUGGAGUUUGUGAGCGAGUUGGCGGUGGAGCCGGACGGAGCGGUGAGAUUCUGCCUGCCUACGGUUCUCAACCCUCGCUACACGCCGCCAGGCGCAUCAUCAUUAGCGGACUCCGCUCUUCGCUCCGUGCCGUUUGUGAGCUGCUCCCAGCCGCUGCCCUACUCAAUGGACUUUCGUCUCCGUGCCGAGGCUCCCGGAGGCAUAGCUGCCGUCACCUCGGCCUGUGACCUUGGGCCGGUCUCCUAUUCGGGCCCCGACAACUCUGUGGCUCAGCUUCCAGUUCGAUCUCCUCCUUGA